AUGUCUAAUAAUACAACAAUACAAGAUACCGAAAAUACAAAUGAAUCGAACGCUUGGAUUGAAGAAGUUAUUGAUAAAGAUCACUUAAAUUAUUACGAUUACAACCAAUUUAGUAACAUUCAAGAAAUUGGUUCCGGAGAUUUUGGAAAAGUGUACCGUGCAAAUUUGAAAAAUUUAGAAAAAUUUUUUACGUUAAAAUCUUUUUUUAAUCUUGACAAUAUCACUAUGAAAGAGAUUGUUCGUGAGUUAAAAAUUCAGCAUGAAGUUGGUUUUCAUGAUAAUAUCAUUCGUUACCAUGGAAUAUCAAAAUUUGAAUCAGAAGAUAAUGAACAUCAUAUUAAUUAUAUCCUGGUAAUGGAAUACGCAGACAGUGGUAGCCUUCGAAACUAUUUGAAGAAUAAUUUCGGUAAGCUUACUUGGAAUGAUAAGCAUCAUAUGGCUUAUCAGUUAGCUUGCGCUGUAUCAUGCCUACAUAAUAAGGGAAUUUCCCAUUGUGACUUGCAUUCUGGCAACAUAUUAGUUCAUCAAAAUAUGAUCAAAUUGGAUUUUGGGUUAUCGAAAAGAAUUGGAGCAUCAAUUAAUUUUCAAUCCAAAGAGAUGAUUCCUUAUGUUGAUCCAAAAAUCUAUAAUAAUAACAAUAACCAAAUAACACAAAUGUUAACAUUAAAUGAAAAGAGUGAUAUUUACAGUAUUGGUGUGUUACUAUGGGAAAUUUCUAGUGGGUUACCUCCUUUUUAUGCUAAAGAUAAUCAAUAUGAUGUUAAUUUAACUUUGGAGAUUGCACAAGGUCUUAGAGAAGAAGUUGCUUUUGACACACCUGAAGAUUACAUAAAAAUUUAUACUAAAUGUUGGGGUGAACCAGAUAAUCGUCCUACUAUAUAUCAAGUAGUUGAUUGGUUAAAAGCAAUUAUUACAAAAUCAAAAUUAAAAGAUUCUCAAUUCUCAAACAAUCAAAAAUUUAAUUCAAAAUCAAAAGAAGAAUUAUUUCAAUUUAUCAAAAAUUUUGAUAAAAUAAAUAUAAAAGAAAUUGAUCCUAUAACAAUAACAAAUAAAAGAGAGAAACUUUUAUUUGAAAAAGGUUAUGAUAUAAUAGUUGAUGAAAUAAAUGAUUAUUUAAUUAAAUUAGCAAAUAAAGGAAUUGAAUGGAUAUUAUUAAGACAAGAAGUUAUUAAAUAUUUUAAUAAUCAUAAUAUAAAUUUAAAAGAAAUUUAUAAUUGGUUAUUAAAUAAUCAAGAUGAUAAUAAUAAUAAUAAUAAUAAUAAUAAUAAUUCAAAUAUAAUUUUUUUAUUUGGAUAUUUUAUAUUUUUUGAAAUUGAAACAAAACUUAAUAUUGAAAAAGCAUUUAAUUUAUUUUUAAUUGCAUCAAAAAAGAAUCAUAUAUUUUCACAAUAUUUAGUUGGAAGUUGUUAUAAAUAUGGUAAUGGUACUAUAAAAAAUGAAAAAUUAGCUUUUGAAUAUUUUGAAAAAUUGGCUAAUAAAAAUUUUACUUAUGGUCAAGUUGAAAUUGGUUUUAUUUAUAAAAAUGGUAUAGGUGUUAAAAAAAAUUCAAAAAAAGCUUUUUAUUGGUAUGAAAAAGCUGCAAAUAAUGGUAAUUUAACAGCUUUAAAUACUCUUGGUCUUUAUUAUAAAAAUGGUAUUGAAGUUGAAAAAAAUUAUAUUAAAGCUUUUGAAUUAUUUAAAAAAUCUGCUAAAGAUGUUUAUCCAAAUGGUUUAAAUUCUUUAGGUUGUUGUUAUGAAUUAGGUAUUGGAACUAAUAUUAAUAUGAAAAAAGCAUUUGAAUUAUAUCAAAAAUCUGCAAAUUUGGGUGAUAAGGGUGCUCAAUAUAAUCUUGCUAUGAUGUAUGAAAAUGGAAAAGGUAUUUUAAAAGAUAUAGAUAAAGCUAUUUAUUGGUAUGAAAAAUCUGCUAAACAAGGUGAUCAAGAUGCACAAUAUGAAUUGGAUAAACUUAAAAAUCAAUAA